AACAAUACAGAGACAAACAAGUUACAUACAAGCUAUUUUGAAUAUACUUGUACUUGUAUUUGGCAAUGUUCGAUAAAGAUAAAACGUACGGAGAGGAGCUGCAUACGAGUCUUAUCUAUACUGAGAGGAACUGCAUACGAGUCUUACCUAUACUGAGAGGAACUGCAUACGAGUCUUAUCUAUACUGCACGCUUUGGAGUCAGUCUGCAGUUGGGAAGAUAGAACUCGUGCAAUGGACGUGACGAAGUGCAUGGUUCUAACGUACUUCCUGGCUCUCGAGCUGAGUCUCGUCUCUGCGGAAUGUCCCAGGAACUGGCAUCGCCAUGCGGACUCUUGUUAUCUCUUUGUUACGAGGAUGCGUUUGCAGUGGAACGAAGCAUGGAACUUCUGCAAGAACUACGGAGGAAUGUUAGCGGAGAUAGACUCAGCAUCGGAAAAUACAUUUCUUAAGAGUCAAGCCAAGAAGAUCGGAGAUAGUUUUUGGCUGGGAGGUGCAGACAUCAUUGUUGAGGGGGAGUGGGAAUGGAUGAGCAGUCACAGACGAGUCUCUUUCACAGACUGGGGGCCGGGGGAGCCUAGUGACGCUGGAGGAACCACUGAACACUGCCUGGAUAUGCACAUCGGCUUACACGAGGCUUGGAACGAUGUGUCGUGCGGCAUCAAUUAUUUCUUCAUAUGUGAAAGAGCAGUCGGGCUUGGAGGUAAUAUAUUUGGAUGAAAUUUCACUUGAGAGUCAUCCGUGACGACAAUAAACAGGAUUUUGGUACUCCU